AACUGGCAGGUGAUGCAACGAUAAGAGAAUGAAGUCUAUAAAAAUGUGGCUGACAGCCUGGGAAGUCCUGACUGGAGCUCUUUGUGCCUCCUCUGCCCACGGCUGCUCCAAGUGACAGCUCCCUCUGGGAAGAUGCACUGGUGGAAAGUGAUGGCAGCCCUUCUGCUCUGCUCACUGCUGCUCAGCCAGAGCCACGGCGUGUCCCUGUCCCCGAGGCAGCCCCGCAGCCCCCGGCAGCGGCGGAUGACGCCCUUCUGGAGAGGGGUGUCCCUGAGACCCAUCGGAGCCUCGUGCCGAGACAACAGCGAGUGCCUCACCAUGCUCUGCAGGAAAAAUCGCUGCCUCCUCUCCACGGCCUCGGCGUGAGCUGGCACCAAGCACAGCCUGCACUGUUACUGCUGCCCCUGCUGCACACCCUUGGGAUGUAUUUAUUGACUGCUCAGGAGCUGCAAGGGCCUCCAGCAAUCAGAGGAUUUAAUAUUUCUGUCACAUGUGCUGAUGAAAGGACUUGAAGGAGCUCGAGAGCAUCUCCUCCCACAGCCACGCCUCUGGAGGCCUCUGGCCAAGCUCAAUAAAAGGGCUCUGCAUCUCCUCCUCGUUUGGUUUUUUUGUAACGCUUCCUAUUAUUUAUUUGAAGGUGAGAAUUAAAAUAUAUAUUCAGCAAAGCAGCUUGGUUUUCCUUGUAUCUUGGGCACAUGGAUGGUGAGCACAGACCUGGGGCUCAGUUCCAGCCAGACUUUGGACAUUUAUCCUUCCCCCUGGCAAGAGCAUCAAGUAGAUCAGGCCCCAUCUCCUCCCAAUCCAGCUCUUAUCAGCUCUUAUCAGCCCUCUGAUAAAGGCCUGUUGGAAAGAGGGAGCCAAACUGAUAAUACUGAUAGCAAUUCCAAUAUCCCAAAUAUACCCAGCAAUAGGUGGAUUGAGAACUAUUUACUUUUAAUUACUUCUAUUCAAAAUUACUUAAAUACAUGUCCUAGACUGACUUUUGCCACUGACCUUCUCUCCUGUCUUAAAAUGAAUUGACCAAAAUGAUGUUUUGAUGUGUUGGAUGUUGACUUGGAGGCUGAAAGACAAAAAAAAAAUAUCAGCAAGUCUGGACACACACAUUGGAUGCUACUUUUCUUUUGUUUCACAGAACAGUAGGAUCAAGGAAAGAAAAUUCUGCCUCAAAAUGCACUUCCAGGGAGGAGAAGGCCCCACAAAACAGAUACAAGCAAAGGGGGUUGGAAGUUUAAUACAGAAAAUCUAUUUGAUAUUUAUUAAACUUAGUUUCUCCAGUUACAGUUUUGCAUUGUACAAAGCAUUUUAAUGACACAGUAGUUAAAAAGAUCUUUACAAAUUGAAAUGUGAUACCCUUUUCUCCAAAUAUUUUAAUUGCCAUAAAUUUGUUUAAAAAUACACAUUAAACGCAUGUUUCAGACACUAAACUUUCUAUAAUCUCAAUACCACAAAAUACAUAGAAUAUACUAUACAGAUGUGGAAAAAAUCUAGUUAGUAUAUAAUACUUUGCUCACCAUUAACAGCUUUAUUACGUGAAAUGCACAUACUGACUUAGAAAUCCUAAUUUUGAGCCCCAAAGUACCCUUUGAAAUUUCAAAUGUAUUGCAACAAAUAAAAUCACAGUUUGUUUCUAUUUUUUCUGGUUUUGGUUGAAGACAGAUGCCCAAAUCUUUUGAUAGAAAACAAAAUGUAACACAUGGACUUGUCAUGUACAAAGCAUAAAACAGAGACAUCCCAUUAGUUACUAACAGUACCUUUCUGUAGGAUUAAUCAGGGCUUCAUUUAUAAGUGACAGGUUAAAAGUUACCU